UUGCCAACUUGGCACCUCAACUUGAGCAUGAUCCUUCAGCGAGGGACUCUAACCGUAAAGUCCAUAAACCAUUCAUCUACCUGGCCACGAUGGAUUGCCUAAGGUUAGCCUUCUUUUUGUCAUUUAUGCCCGUGACUGCACACUCAAUUAUCAAUGGGAUUUGUAGUGCUGAUGUUUCACUCAAUGAGAACGGUUCAGGUCAUGAUAUUGUCCGGUUUGGCCGACCGUUAUGGGGAUCUCGGUGGCAAUCAGAUGAUACUAAGUCUUGGAUGACAGGUCAAACCAAAUUUGAAAAUAUCAUAUUACUUGCCAAGUUUAAGCUUCUUGGGGGAACGAAUCAAUGGAAUCAGGAUGCUAAGACGAAAAGAAAAGCAACGCUCGUCAUAAUUGCUUGUAUUGCCACUUUAUAUAUAUCCCCAAUCUCAAGCGUGGCCCCCGAUCUC